CAUUUGUGUCGUCUUCCUGUGACAUCCCAGCAGCAAAUGUAACGUUGCUCACUUUUAUUUAUUGUUUUAAAAUUGCACUUUGGCCACUGCUGGGGCCUGAGGGAGAGGGGACAAAGUUCACAGGAGGCUUGUAAGGAGGAGGGGGUGAAGAGGAGGAAGGUUAAAAAAAAGGAAAAUUGACCUUUGAAAGCAAAACAGCAGGUGGACCAGGCAGCUCAAGACACAUCGGGAGGAAAUUCAAAAGAGAAAAAUGAAAGUAUUUCUCUUAACUUGAAGAGGGGCCGCUCGUGUAGUAAUGAGGCCCGAGGCUGGCUGUGUGGCUGCUGUUUGAGCGUAGCAGAGCGACCCAGAGCGACCCAGAGCCCGGUUUGUUUGAGGAGCAGAGGUGUUCAGAAGAGACAGGACGAAUGGACGGAGAGGAGACGGCAGCGAAAACCUGGCCGAGUCGUCUGACUGCCCUUCAGGAGCAGCUCAUAUGGGCCCUGCUGGAAUCUGGACUGUCCCGGGACGUCCUGGUCCAAGCCAUGGGGGACCUGGAGCGAAGCAAGACCAGCGCUGGGGCUGAGAGGGGAGAGAAGGGAGACGGAGAGAGCUCCGAGGAGGGAGAGAUGGACUUCCCUCCACCUAUAUUCCGAGAACUGGAAAAGCUUUCUCCGGACGAGGCGUCCAAACUCAGGGCUGAAGUCGACCGGUUACUGCAGGAGGACCCCUGGCAUGUAGCAAAAAUGGUGAAAAGCUACAUGCAGCAGCACAACCUACCUCAGAGAGAGGUGGUGGAGUCCACGGGACUCAACCAGUCCCACCUCUCCCAGCACCUCAACAAAGGCACACCCAUGAAGAACCAGAAGAGAGCUUCUCUGUACACCUGGUACGUGAAGAAGCAGUGCGAGAUCAGCCAGCAGUUUACCAAUGCCAAACACGGCCUUGCAUCUGUAGAAGAUCAGGGUGAGGAAACCAAGAAAGGACGAAGGAACAGGUUCAAGUGGGGUCCAGCGUCCCUGCAGAUCCUCUUCAACGCCUACGAACGACAGAAGAACCCCAGCAAGGAGGAAAGAGAGGGGUUGGUGGAAGAGUGUAACAGGGCGGAGUGUCUCCAGCGGGGGGUGUCUCCCUCCCAGCUUGCUGGUCUGGGCUCCAACCUGGUCACUGAAGUCCGAGUGUACAACUGGUUCGCCAACCGCCGUAAAGAGGAGGCCUUCCGUCACAAGCUGGCCCUCGACACGUCGUUCACCUCCCAAUCAGCGUCCUCCUCCAACCCCGCCCUUCCACAGAGUCCUGAGCACGGAGUGAAAUACAACCAGCAAAUCACAUGUGACACAGUUAGCUCGGUUAGAAGCAGCACCGGUGAGCGAGUGGGGCGCCUUGUAGUGAGUCCUGUCCAACUGGAACCCAGCCACACACUACUGGAGACCCAUCACCCAAAGCUGGUGUCCAGCAAUGGUCCCCUGCCCCCAGUAAGCACUCUGACCUCCUUGCACAGUCUGUCUGCCUCCCCUGCAUCUUCACAGAGCCUCAUCAUGGCUUCAGUGCCAAGCGUCAUGAGUCUAGGAGAGUCCUCUCUUCUAAUUGGACUAGCUUCCACUCAGCCGCAGACCGUCCCCGUUAUAAACAACAUGGGAGGAGGUUUUACCACUCUCCAGCCGAUCUCGUUCCAGCAGCAGCUCCACGCCUCCCACCAGCAGCCAUUAUCACAGCAGCUCCAGGGUCACAUGGCUGCCAGCCCCUUCAUGGCAACCAUGGCUCAGCUGCCAUGUCACAUGUACAAGUCGGACUCGCCCCAGUACCACUCGUCCAGCCUGCUGUCUCAAGCCAUGCUCAUCACAGACAGCAGCAGUCUGGGGACCCUGACCAGCCUCGCUGCAGUCAGACAGAUUCUCACAGCAGAUCCCGAGGAAGGGACAGACUCACCUUUACAGGAAGAUUCAUUACACCUGCAGCCACACACACCUGGGCCAGUCUCCUCUGAGGGCCUGGAGCUGUAUCCUUCUUCUCAGCUGGCAGAGCGCCAUCAGACUCACAUCCUCUCACCUUCACCGACAGAUAUCAGCUCCUACAUGCCUACACAAAUGGUCUCCAGCGCUCAGUGAAGCAGGAAAACUCCCCGGGCAGCGCAGCAUCUCCUGCCUGUCAGCUGGACUCUAAGCGUGAUGGCGUCUGAGAAGGACAGCUACGUCUGGACAACACCCCCCACCCAAAACAACCUGGAGACGGAGGACCACAACGAGUGUCUGACUCAAAUUCUGUACAAGUGCAGCUGUGAAGACGAGCUCCCCACAGAAGCAGCGAGGAAUUAACUCAAGAUCAACACCUAAACACGCUUUUUUAAUUCAAACAUUUUGUAAAGCUCAGAAAAGAAGAAGUUUGAAAACUGUAUGCCGCAUGCAUUUGUUUCAAGUUAGCCAUCUUCAAACGCUGUCUAAGAAAACGAC